AUGCUGCUUAAGCUAACGAAUGAAACUAAGAAUGACCAAGAUAAUUGGACAUCAGAGGACUAGAAGGAAUUCUCAAAGUAUCUUUAGUAAAAGAAAAGAAUGAAAUCCUAGGGCUAGAUUCACAAAGCAAGGACUAUUGUGGAUCUCCAGACGAAUAUGGGCAAAGGUCCCAAGAAGAUUAGAGUCAGCCAAAAUUCAACUGAAAGAUAGUCCUCAAUAAAGCCAAUACAUACUUCUAAAAAUUAUGUGCAAGAGCUGAAGUAGUAACUGGACUAACUAGUCUUUGAGACUAAUUUGAAGCAGAACAAAUUUUCAAAGUUAGAAAGGGAGUACUUGAAGAUUAAAACCUAAAGAAGAGAUGUGUGCACACCCUAGGUGAUUGAAGAGAGAAAUUUCACUAGCAGCAGAAUGAGUUUGAGAUCUAAUCAAAGUUUCUCUUAAAGCAGUCUGGUUAAACACACCUCUGCAAUCUUUGAUAAUGAGAAGUUAGAAGCAAAGAUUAUAAUGAUAUUUGGAUUAAUAGAUGAUGCAACUGAGAAUAAUAAAUGGCAGAAAUUCGACUAAGACACCUUAGAGCAUCAGGUUGAAAGGUUAAAGAUUCAGAAGAAGUUUGAUGAGACCAAGAUUUUCCAACUCAUGCCUGAGUAUAAAUCAAUGGUUAGGCUAGGAGAGAAUACUGAAAGACUCAAAUUUUUGGCUAACUCAUCUAACUUAAUAGCACAAAGUGGCAUAAUUUAGUGUUAUUCAAAGAUGCAGGAAAGAGUUGAGCAUAGACUUGAAAAAGUUGAAGAGAAGAACUCUAUAUUUAAGGAAGAAGAGGAAGUAGUUUCAAGACUUAAAGCAGAGAGAAAUUUGGUUCGCAAAAUGAUCUUUGAUUAGAAUAAAAAACUAAAGAAGCUCAAAAAUAUAAGUGAAAGACUAAAGCUAACAGAAGAUGAGAAGCAAGAGAUAGAGAGAAGAACUAAAAAGGAUAUAAUGUGCAUAAGAUCAUUUCAAUCAUCUAUGAUACUCAGAGAUUAUAUGAAUCAUAGGCAUGAUUCCAAACUUGGGUCAAACUCAAAAGACAUAGAGGAGCUAGAAGAGAUAUUCAAAGUUUUCAAAGGCUAAUACUAUCAGACCUUGAGGCAUGAAAUUUUAGGAAAUAUGCAGUCACAUAAUACCUCCUUUCUCGAUAUGUCUCUAACAAUGAGCUCGCCAAACAUUCUCAACUCAUCUUAGAGAGUGAGAUCAGCUCAUAGAUCACCUGAUAAGCAUCACACUAACAAAACUUCAAUUAUGAUUCAGCAAAAUCAGCCAUAGUCAUUGAGUUAAAAAAUGAAAAAUUUCUUUAGAAAGAAAAUUGAACUUGAACUCCGAAUAAGAAAGUGGAAAGAAAUCGAAGGGAAUGAACCAGAUUCAGAACAUCUAAUUGACUAAUUCUCUUUAUGCAUCUUUAGACUUAAUUCGACGAAGCAAAGAUUUGAAGACCUCCAAUAGGAAGUUAAGGAAAAGUAACUUACAUUGAAUGAGCUUAAAACGUAGCUUACGCAGUAAAGAGCUGAUAUGAAGUUUCUUCAGAGAUCCAAAACCACUAUUUCAAAAACAGAAGAAGAAUAAUUGAUUGACCCAAUCGAAAAGCUAACCGUGAACUAACUAAUUGAAAAGAUAGAAUAUACAUAAAGAGUUGCAAAUGUUUAGAGUCAGCACCAAAAGUUACAGAAAUAUAAACUAGAAAUAGAUGCAUUGCAGACUGAAAUUCUUGUGAGGGUUUGCUAUAGACUAAGUUAACUUAAAGGAGUUGCAAAUGAGCAUGUUUAAUUCGACAAACAAGCUGCAGAGGUCAUCAAAGAUUAUGAUCUUGUGUCUAAAGCAUUCGGUCUUGACAUUCACAUGAGCGAUGACGAGAAAGAUAAAGAUGUUAAUAAUCCAAACUUACUAAGUCCGCAAGGUUCGAAGGAGCUGGAAAAUAAUGAAGAUAACUCAAUGAUGAAAACUAUGGAGCAAAAGAAGAAGAAAUUCCUGAAAAAGCAAAACUUGAAUGGCUCACUAAGCAGGAAAUCCUCUAAAGUAAAGCAUCAAAUGCCACAGAAUUUUGAUGUGAUGAAAUUCUUAAGAAAAGUGCUUGCAACUAAAGUUGAGGAGACAGAUGAUCACAACAAAAAGAUGUUCAGCAAAACAAAGAUUGUUAUCCAUCAAUGCAAUAAGCUGCUUUCAGAUCUUGCAGAAGACUAAGUUCAAAUAACUGAAGAUCAAUAAGCUGAUAAUUAUAGCAAGUAUUAGAAGUUAAUUCAUGAAGCACUGAAAAGAAAGUAUGAGAUGCAGCAAAGGAAUUCUAAUAUGAAUGCAACUUUUCUUUCAUAAGAUGAUGAAUAGCCCAUACAAAAAAAUGCAAAUUCCUAGACAAAAUCUUAAAAUUAAGCUCAAAUGCACCCCUUCAAUAGGAAACAACAAGAGGAAGUCCUAUCAACUGAGGAAGAGUCAAAGAUCGAGGUUGAUUAUUUGAACACUACAAGAGCAGACACCAAGACCUAACUUCUCAUAAGACAAAGUUAAAUAAUGGAGAAGAAGGCUAGCACUCCGAGACAAUAGCAAUAAUACGGUAAAUAAGUUCUAAGUUAUGAUCAGGAAAAAGCUGCCUACCAAAAAGAGGUAAAGAAGUACAGGAAUGUGAUGUCAAAUCUGGAAAGAGCAGAGACCAUAUUUAUUCAGAAGUUUAAAAAGGGCUAGGAUGACGUCUAUCACUCGAUAAUGAACCCAAAUAGCAUAAGAACUCACAAAGUAUCCCUCUACAAGUUAUUCGAUAAGAAUAAGAAUAGUCUGAUAUCUAAUUCACUUGGAGGAGGGAAGCACCAGGCCAGUUCUUAGAAGCAACUUCCUAAGAAUUCUACGCUAGACAACAUUCAACAGAAGAAGCCUUUUGGUGCAGAGUAAUUGGAGACUAUCUCUACCUAAAUCAAGAGACAUGAAAAAGUACUAUUCAACCUGUAUGGUCAAGGUUCAGCUCUAAUUCAGUCAAAAUCUCAAGCAAGGCCAAAGACAGCUAGAAAUAUCAUUAAAAGCACUAUGAAUCAAUCACUCCUAAGAGAAACUUUGGUGUUGCCAGUUGGAAAUAAUCCUAAGCACAGUAGAGACAGAUCAAUAAGCUAUAAAAUAGAGUAUGGAUAUGAAAAAUCUAACUUUGGAGAUUAUAUUGACAAAGAAGGGAACUUAUAACAAAGAUCAAAACCUAUUAAGCAGUUCAAGUUCCCUCUUGAUUUGGUUAAAAUUAAGACCUACUCUAAUGCGAAAUCUAUUUUCAAGUAAAACAAUUUCAUGACUUAGAGAACUCCAAGGGCAUCGAUGAUACCUCUAAGACCAGGCACAGCUAUUAUCAGAAAAUGA